CCAUUACACAAACCAAAGCCCCCUCUGAAGCACAUCAAUUAAGUGCCAUCAGUAGUCAUCACCAUGUCUCUCUGCCAUCUUUCAUUCUCAAAGCUCAUAAUCAUCCUUUCUCUCCUGAUAAUAAACCACAUUUCUUCCGGAGCCAACGCCGCUGCCGUGAACACAUCCCUCUUCCGCCACCGCUACCUCACGGUGGAUUACUACUCCAAAACAUGCCCUCACCUUGAACAGAUCGUCAGCUCCGUCGUUUCUCAGAAGUUCAAAGUUUCUCCGGCCACUGCUCCAGCCACCAUCCGCCUCUUCUUCCACGAUUGCUUUGUUCAGGGAUGUGACGGGUCAGUUCUGUUAUCAAGCAAGCCAGGAAGUAAAGAACUGGCGGAGAAGGAUGCGCAGGAUAACAAGGAAAUACCGGCGGAGGCGUAUGAUAUCAUAGAAAGCGCCAAAGGAAUGGUGGAAAGCAAAUGUCCAGGUGUUGUAUCUUGUGCAGAUAUACUUGCACUUGUAACUAGAGAGUACAUUCAUCUGGGAUGUCUACGUGUGACAUUUGCAUUUUCUCAACAAACUCGACUUAAGGAACGUGAGGGGGUUGGGUUUCCAAAACAUAUUGGGGAAGGGCCUCUUUCAGAGAAGUCGUUGAACAUGUUCGUGGUGAGGGUCAAAAUAAGAUAA